GUUGAAGUACAAGAAGAAACGUUGUUAAAGAUACUUAAGAAUAACGCUGAUACGGAAUAUGGAGUAAAAUACAAGUUUCGUGACAUAGACGACAAAAUGAAAUACAUCGCGAUACAUCCAUUGACAAGAUACGCUCACUACGAGCGUUAUGUAGAGCAGAUCUCUUGUGGCAAGAAGAAUGUCCUAACUGUGAAGGAUCCAUACCAGUUGGGUGUCACUUCUGGAACGUCUGGCAAGAGUAGUCUGCUUCCCACCACUAGUGAUGUUGGUAAAAUAUUUUUCACCAAUGGAGUUCUUGUUGGCAUCAGUGCCAUGUUUGAUGCAUAUCCUGGGUCUUACCAGCUACAGAAGAGCUUGAAGUUUUUUUACUCUCCAAAAUGGAGCUACACAGAAUCAGGCCUACCGAUUGGUCCAAACUCAUCUUCACCCAGUAACUCGCAGCGAAUCCUUCACCUCUACACAACUCCUAAAGCAGGCUUUGACAUCAUGACAGAACCCGAGGCCUUGUAUAUUCACUUGCUCUUUGCCUUGAAGGAUCGCAAUCUUGGCAUUUUAGAAGCAAACUUUGCACAGCUUGUGUAUUCAGGACUCCUUGCGCUUGAAGCUCAGUGGAAGUUGUUGGUGGAUGAUAUUGAACAUGGUAGAGUGAAUCCUGGCUUGGAGAUUGAAGAUGAAGUUAGAAGGUUAGUGGGAUUAAUAAGUGAGAUAGGCGCAGAUGAAGGGCAGAUUGCAUUUAUUUUAUGUUUCAACUUCUUCAGUUGGGACAAAAGCUGUUUCAAUGAAUCUAUUUCUUCUCUGCAGACUCUUUUUGCUGAAAACACUGAAGUUGGCAAACUUUAUGAGCUCGUGGUUACAAAUCAUAGUGGAUUGUAUCGCUACAGAAUGGGAGACGUGGUAAAGAUUGCUCGUUUUCACAACAGUUGCCCUGUCGUGGAGUUCCAGUAUCGUCAAGGACAAAUUCUCAAUGUACGGGCGGAGAAGACAUCAGAGAGAGUCUUCUACGACGCGCUGACGUCCGUACUGAGUGGCGAGGGACAGCGGUUUCAAAUGGUGGACUACACAUGCGCAGAAAGCGUCAUGGUUGGUGGUCAGAGUCAAGGUGAUGACGUCAGGGGUGCGGCGCCAUAUUACGCUGUGUUUAUAGAGCUGAGUGACGUGCUAGAAGAAGAGGAGAGGAAGAAUCUAGAACUUAAGGUAGGAUUCAGUGAUAUUGUUAGAUCAGUUGGCGCCCUUGAGGCUAUCAUCUGUGCAUUGAAAGAGUUUGGCAGGGUUAGGGUUAAUCUGAGCGAAGGAUGUCCGCCAGGGACUGAUUAGGUAGGGAUGGGGGAGAAGUGAAAGAUUUAUACCCCUAUUAGUAACUAAGCUCCGUUCGGAAAGCUUACUUGCGGGCUACGGAAGGAUCAAAGAA